AUGGCACUCGUAGUCAGCGGGUAUAUGGCCCUCGACCUCGGUUGGCGGUGGAUCUUCUGGAUCAUGAUGGCCAUUACUGGCGGGUGGUGGAUUCUACUUGUUCUCACAGUACACGAAACGCGACACACAAUCAUUCUGCAACAGAAAGCCAAGAGAGUACAGAAAUUGAUGCGAAAAGAGAACUUGACAUUCGCUGAAACAGUCACUGAUGCCAGUGUAAGCGGGCGAAAGGGGCUAGACGAGCUGUUUAAGAUUACCCUCACUCGUCCAUUUCGUUUCUUAUUCACCGAACCCAUUACAACAUUUUCUGCGAUAUGUAAUGGCUUCCUCUACGGUCUGGUCUACCUUUUCACCGGAGGCCUUCCCACUUGUUUUCGCAAGGUCUUACCAUCCUCGGCAUGGCCAUCGGCCCGAUUAUGGCAUCCCCUGCAAGAACGAUACUGCCUGCGUCGAAUCAAAGAGCACGACGGCAAGGGUGUCCCGGAAGAACGCAUGUGGAUGGCCCGACUGAGUGCGAUCCUCAUUCCGAUCAGCCUUUUCUGGUUUGGCUGGACAAGCUGCCGAUCCGUCCACUGGAUCGUGCCCAUUAUUGCAUCGGCCUUGUUUGGGGCUCGUAUCUACAUCCGUCAUAUUGAGUAUCCUCAACUAUGUUGUGGACAGCUAUCAGACCUAUUCCGCGUCGGCUCUGGCUGGCGUGAUCCUUGUGAGGAAUUGGGUUGGCGCUGGGUUUCCUUUGUUCGCGACGCAGAUGUAUGA